AUGGCUGCCGCUCCCGAAGACGCCGACUGGGUGGCCCCGCCGACCUCGCCUGCCACCGAGCCUACCUCGCAUCGCGACAGCGCAACGCACCAUGUUGCACAUCUCGCCACGGCGCUCAUAUCCAUUAUCGCCAACUCGCCACACAAGGCGUUCCAGAGCCAAGCGCUCGAGCUCAUUGACGCCAUGCGCGGUGAAAGCCAACCAGCCGAUCUCCCGCGGACCACCGUUCUCAUCACCCGCCUCACAGCCGCAGCCGAGGCCGAGGCGGCGUCCGCAGCGGCGCGUCGGGCGCGGCGCGAAGCUCGUGCAUCGGCCAAGCGCGAGGCGUCAUGUACAGCCUCGACGCGGAAGCGCAAGCGGGCUGCGCACAACUGAACAAAAAGGAA